GGGAAUAUCUGGGCGCGGGCACGACGGCGUGCGCGUUCAUACCACACGAGGACGAGCCUCGCAGCGACGGCGCGCCUCCAGACUGGGAACUGAAAAUGGUGGCGAGUGUCAGGGUACAGAAACUGGUCCGCCGCUACAAACUGGCCAUCGCCGCCGCGUUAGCCAUCCUCCUCAUCCAAGGCUUGGUGGUAUGGAGUCUCCGGAGUCUGGAAGAAGGGGAGCAGGGCGAGGGUAAACCGGGGCGGUCAAAGCUGCCCGGUCACAAUAAAGACAUGAAGGACAUCGUCAGCUGGGAAAGGAAGAGCGGGCUCUCCAUCCGCAAGCGCAGUCGCUGGAAACCCGGGGUCCAGCAGCCGGGGGGCACCCGCGCCAGCUCCUUGGACGUGGAGCGCCUGCAGAAACGGCCCACAAACCGCUACCGAGCCAUGCAGGGGCACGGCGGGACCGCCGAGGGCAUGCCUUACGACCCCUCCAGCAGCCGCAAUUUUACCGACCUGAGGGGGGAGAGCCGCUUCCUGGGGUCUCAGCACGGCGAGACGGGGAGCGUCGAGGGGGCCCCUCAGUCCUCCAGUGACUUUGUGCCCAAGUGUAAGAUCACGGGCAAGGAUGCCCUGUCUGCCUUAAACCGGGCCAGCUCCAGGCAGUGCCGCCAGGAGAUCGCCAACAUUGUCUGCCUUCACCAAGCCGACCAGCUGAUGCCCAAGUCGGUGCCCCAGUUCUGCCAGCAGCUGGGUCUUUCUAGCCCGGUCAUCCAGUGGGACGAUGUUGACCUGGACGUCAGCUCGGUGGACAAUCCCGUGAGGGUGGCCUUUAUGUUGGUGGUCCACGGCCGCGCCAUCCGGCAGCUGAAAAGGCUCCUGAAAGCCAUCUAUCACAGAGACCACUAUUACUACAUCCACGUCGAUAAGCGCUCCAAUUACUUACACAGAGAAGUCCUGCAGAUUGCCAAGCAGUACCCCAAUAUUAAAGUGACCCCCUGGCGCAUGGUGACCAUCUGGGGUGGAGCGAGUCUGCUGAAGACUUACCUGCAGAGUAUGAAGGACCUGCUGGACAUGAAGGAGUGGAAGUGGGAUUACUUCAUCAACCUCAGCGCCACCGACUUCCCUACCAGAACAAAUGAAGAGCUUGUGGCAUUUCUGUCAAAGUACCGAGACAAGAACUACCUGAAGUCUCAUGGACGAGAAAAUGCGAGGUUCAUUAAAAAGCAGGGCCUCGACCGCCUCUUCCACGAGUGCGACUCCCACAUGUGGAGACUGGGAGAGCGGCGCAUCCCCCUGGGCCUGGACAUGUCGGGGGGCUCCGACUGGUUUGCUCUCACCAGGCUGUUUGUGGAGUAUGUGGUGGAGUCGCAGGACGAGCUGGUGAGCAGCCUGAAGCAGUUCUACACGUACGCGCUGCUGCCCGCCGAGUCCUUCUUCCACACCGUGCUGGGCAACAGUCACAUGUGUGAGACGCUGGUGGACAACAACCUGCGGGUGACCAACUGGAAUCGCAAGCUGGGCUGCAAGUGCCAGUACAAGCACAUCGUGGACUGGUGCGGCUGCUCGCCCAACGACUUUAAGCCGGCUGAUCUCGUCCGCAUUCAGCAGUUGACCAGACCCACGUUUUUCGCACGGAAGUUUGAAUCGACGGUGAACCAGGAAGCGAUUGACAUCCUCGAUUCCCACCUGUAUGGAAACUUCCCUCCCAGCACUCCGGCACUGAAGGCCUACUGGGAGAACGUCUUUGAGAAGGAGGACGGCGUGAACGCCCUGAAGGACGCGACGCUGACGGCUUACUGCUCCUUCUUCAGGCUCGGGGUACACAAAGCGCAGUCGAGACGGGACCUCCAAGACGUGUGCAGGUUUGAGCCCAUUGGCUACCCCACUGCUGUCCACCUGUACUUCUUCAGCGAUCGUUUCCAGGGUUACCUCGUUAUGCAGGAAGUUCAGAACGUGAGAACCAAUCGGCGGGAGACCUUGGAAGUCUGGGCCAUGCCAGAUGCCAACCUGAAGUUGGAGAGCAGCUUGAGGGAGUUUGAGCGACUCAGGAACUUGGAGGUUGGGACAGAAUGGGACCCCAAAGAGAGGAUUUUCCGGAACUUUGGCAGUGUCCUGGGCCCCCUGGACGAGCCAGUCGCGAUCCAGAAGUGGGCGCGGGGCCCCAAUCUGACGGCCACCAUCGUGUGGAUUGACCCCAUCCAAGUGGUGGCCACCUCGUAUGACAUCAAUGUGGAUUCCGAAGCGGAGUUCACGCAGUACAAGCCCCCGCUGCAGCGCCCCCUACGGCCUGGCACUUGGACCGUCCGCAUGCUGCGCUUUUGGGAGCCCAUCGCCGAGACGCGCUUCCUGGUGAUGCCGCUUGCAUUCAGGGGACGUCAGCCUCUGCGCAAGGAUGAGGACAGCUGGGUGCACGCCGGCCCCCCUGGGAAUGUGUACAUGGAGCAGACCUUCGAGCAGCUGAGGGGCGUUUUAAAAUUGCCCCCCAACGAUGCCCCUUGGCAGCAGGCGCAGCGCAACGCACAGCUGGUGGGAAAGCAGCUGCAGGACUGGGUGGACAGAAGCGUGGGGGCCUUCUGGUUGACUAAUGACAUGUGUGCCACCACCCCGACGUCCUGCCCCUCGCUAAGACUGUGUGCCCAGACAGAGUGGAGCUCCUUGUCGCCCGAUCCCAAAUCGGAACUGGGGGCCGUUAAGCCCAACGGCAGGAUCAGGUAGCCCGGCUCGGACCACCGCAUUUGUGACAAUGACGGGCGGUCACUUGCUGAGCCCCGCCCCCAGCAGGGGACAGCCAAGGACAGCGGGUGCGUCCCCCCCGAGGAUGGCUGGUCUCGUCGUCGUAGGGGAGGACGGAAGGCUUGGGACCCCCAGACCCCC